GUCAAAGCUCCUAUUGGUGUGUCCUUAAAUUGUGGGCGGAGACACGACCCUAUAAAUAAAAGCGAGUGGUUGACGCUGUAAGACAUUUUACAGUGUGGAGAGCGGUAGGAACAUAUACCUGCCUGGUGCUGACUCUACUUAAACAGGCAAAAAAGAAAACCUUCCCGAACAUGAGUAAGGACACCGAGGUCGAUAUGAAGGAUGUUGAGUUGAACGAGUUGGACCAGGAGAAACUACCGAUGACCGGAGACGGACCGGGGGCUGAGAAGAACGGAAACUUGAAGCAGAAAGUACCGGAGGAGGAUGUUAAGUUUACCGGGCUGUCGAAGGAAGAGCUCAUGAAAGUCGCUGGCACACCCGGGUGGGUGAGGACACGCUGGCUGCUCCUGGUCUUGUUCUGGUUGGGCUGGGUGGGGAUGCUUGCUGGGGCCAUAGUGAUCAUUGUACAGGCCCCCAGGUGUAAACCCAUACCUGAGAUGAACUGGUGGAAUCAGGGUCCUCUCUAUCAGAUCGCUGACCUAAACGCGUUCAACCACGACAAGGGAAUCGAAGGUGUAGUUAAGGUACUAGACAGUCUGAACCAGUUGAAGGUGAAGGGCUUGGUUCUGGGGCCUCUUCACACAGUCCAGCAGGACCAAGCAGACACUCUAGACCUGGUCUCUAUGAACCCCGUGCUCGGAACUGACCAGGACCUGCUGGUUCUGCUGGACAAGGCCCACAAGAAGGGUAUCUCUGUGGUGUUGAAUCUGACCCCUAACCCUGGAGCUGACCCCUGGUUCAGUUCUAACCACUUGCCUAAAGUACUGGACAAACUCAGGGAUGCUGCUGAACACUGGCUGGGGAUGGGCGUGGACGGGGUGCAGGUGUCCGGCCUCGCUGCUGCCAGCGCCUCUUCUGGUUGGUCCAAGUUCCAGGGUGUCGUCCAGGGCAACAGGACAGAGAUGGACGUGAAGAAGAGAGCUGUAAUAGGAGUGGUUGAUGAUCAGGACUCCUCUGCCGUCUCUCAACUUCUCAAUACUUCUGGUGUGGAUCUGAUACUGUCUGAUGUCCUUAACAAGGCAAACUCUGGUAUUGAGAGAGCGAAGUCCAUCCACGACCUGGUCUCUACCCAGAAACAGAGCUCUCUAGCCUGGGGGCUAGGAGGCACUUCGGGGAACCAUUUGGCUUCAGUGGUGGAGAAACCAGAACUGGUACGACUUUACCAACUAAUGCUUUUCACACUGCCUGGAACACCUGUCUUCAACUACGGAGAUGAGUUGGGGCUAGUGGACCAGGGCUCCACCUCUCCUAAGAUGCUGUGGGACACUGAGGAAGAGGUUGCUGAAGGAACUGUGAAGAACGAGACAGCUGAGACCUACGUGUUGUGUGCCCAGAAGACUCAUCGUCUGACAUGUCGUUCGUGGUUUAAGACCCUCUCUGAUCUGAGGGGUAAAGAACGUUCCCUCCUUCACGGGGACUACUUCCACCUCCACUCCUCCUCCUCAUCCCUUGCUUUCCUGCGUCUGUGGGACCAGAGCGAGCGAUACCUGACAGCCGUUAACUGGGGCUCCGCCUCCUUAACCAUGGUCCUCAACAACACAGAGCUGAGCCUUCCGGAGCAGGCUACAGUGAAGCUAAGUACAGACCCUGAGAACCUGGCUGCGGACAGCUCUGUCUCGCUGGAUAAACUACUGCUGGGACCUGGACAAGCUGUCCUAUUGACCUUCCCCUUCGCUUAGGAGGGGCUAGAAUAGAAACCAGGACUAGAACAGGACAGAAUAAGAAACUACUAAACAUAACUUUAACACCAUGAACAAAGGGAGAAUGCAGAGAAUGUUUUAGAUCACAGAAAACAAGCAGAAGAAAUAUAUAUAGAAUGGAACAACAGUUUUAGCCAGUGCUUAAAAAUAUAAAAUGUUUGUCCAGAAUGAGUAUUUCCAACUGUUCAAAUAUUCCAGUUCAGAUUUGAUCAAAUGUUUUUGUUGGCCGUUUGAAAACGUUUAAAACAAACUUUUUAGUUCAGUUUUUUAUUUUUUUAAGUUGUUUUAUGACAUCUUGAGUUGAACUGUUGAAGUGGGAAAAUAUCAGUUUGAAUUUUGAAAAAAAAAAAUGUUAUUUUUUUCAAUCUGUUUUUUCCAUCCAGUGGAAUAGAAUUGUCAUUCAGAUGCUAGUAUUGGAAAAGCUCCCUAUUGCCUAGAUAUUGUUCUGACUAAAACUUGAAAAGAGUAAAAUAAAAGUCCUGCAUAAUAUUGCCUGGUGACAAUCAAA